AUCUGCAAGGACACACGUGCGAGAGUUUGCUGUUAGGUUAUUUUUGUUUGAAUUAUAGACAGAUGAGUAGACCAUUAUUAACUCUGAGUAGACGAAUUAUGUCAACACUUUCACAAAAGCCAGUUGAGGAAUCGAUAAGCAAGAAACUUGCAAGUAAAUUUCAGCCACAGCAUUUAGAAGUUAUAAAUGAAAGUUCAAAACAUAAUGUUCCUAAGGGCUCGGAAACCCACUUCAAAGUGAUUGUUAUAAGUGAUAUGUUUGAAGGUGUGCCACUCAUUCAAAGACAUCGCUUGGUAAAUGAGGUUUUGAAGGAGGAGCUGGAAAAUGGUGUGCAUGCCUUGUCCAUAAUGGCAAAAACGCAAACCCAGUGGGAGGAUUCUGGUCAUCAUGUGAGCAAAUCUCCACCGUGUCGAGGAGGCACUGGAUUGUGAUUUCUUUCAGUACAUACAAUUGUGAUCUCAUCCAGUUCCAGAGAUAAACACAUAUACAUAUAUCCAGUACUCUGGUUAGGAUAUAAGCAAGUCCCUUAACUUGUAGAAGUGGCACUGGCUUGUGAUUUCUUUCAAGUACAUGUAUGCGUUCUUCAGCUCAUUGUACUAUCCCACUGACUGAAACCCUGUUAUUUGAUGAGUAGUGGGGUCAGGUUCGUGUUAGGUUAUACACGUACAGUGCUUCACUAUUAAAUGAAUUCAGCAUUACUGAAAGAAAUGUUGUAAAACACUAACAAAGAAUUUUGUCUCAGAAAAUUAAUGCUACAUACGAGGGUUGUCCCGUAAAAUCGUGGACAAAUCAUUUUUCUCGAAAAGUAAUGGGCGCACUAAGCUGAAAAUUUCAGUAUAUGUUUAUUUAUCUUAUUUAAGUGCAUGAUAAUUUUUUUUUAUAAAAUGUAGGCAAAAAUAAAGAUUUUAUUAUGCUUGAAUGUGCACGGGGUAUUGUCCUUCGGCGCACGGUAAAAAAAAACCAAGGUUUUAUUAAAGAAUACACAAGUUUGAAUUCGAAAUAAAAGUUUUAAAUACAUAAGAUUUGGAUUAAAAUUAUCCAAAUUCUAUUCCACAAUCAAUUUUGUAGUCUGUGUAAAAAUCUUAAAGCAUUUGGUUAAAUUUUGGCAGUUUCUCGGGCAUUCCAAAUGGGAAAGUGGUAAACACAACACACGAAAAAUGGCGACGUUUUAUGACGUUACGGCGCACCAGAGAACAGUUCAGUUUUAUUUCGAUGUUGUAAUGACACCUUUAGAGACUUGAAAUGACCAUAGAAGAAAAAAGAUUAUAAAAAUAUCACCAUAUCUUAAGUAUACAAAUGAAAUAGGAGUUUUCUUAGCGAAGUAUUUUUUUAUCGUGUCCCUGGGAGUACAAAACAUAUGGACAAACUCCUAAUGUAAUAGCAAAAGACGCUGUCACAGUAGACUGCCGAUAUGAGAUUUUCUAUUAGUUGAAUGAUGGUGAGAAUU